GCGCUGGGGGAGAUACGUUGUGCGAGGUUAUAUCGGGGCGGAGGUGUAAACCGACGCGAAUCAUGUUGAUUUAUUUGUGACAGGUGACGGCGAAGGGACUGGACGGAGACGUAACAUGACAGCGGCACGUAAACGGUACUGUUGACGAUAGUAAUAGACCCUCGCCCGCGGACAAACGGGAUUCUCUCGCAAUGGCCGAUAACAAUUUGCCGAAAGUUUUCGCAGCUGAGGACUUUAACCCGGAGAAAUUCGUGAAGGAGCUGAGCGCGCAAUGCGUCGGCGCGGACGAAUUGAGGCAGCAGCGUGCGAAGAUCCAGGAGCUGGCGAACAACACGUCCGCACAGUUGAAGCGGAACGUCUACCAGAACUACAUGCAGUUCAUCGAGACCGCCAAGGAGAUCUCGCAUCUGGAGAGCGAGAUGUAUCAGCUGUCCCAGCUGCUGAGCGAACAGCGCGCCCUGCUCAGCACCCUGGGCUCCACCAGAACGACGGGCGUUGUUUUCGAGGAUCUGCCCGAGUCGCAGCAGGAGAACUCGGCCGAUCCUAUAUCGAAGGAGGAGGAGCAGAAGCAGAAGCUCAUUCAGCUGAUUGAAAAUGUGGAGGGUGCUCUGAGCCUAGCCGAGACUCCAGGACGCGUGUGUUUACACGAAGGUUCCCUGCUCGAGUUAGACCCGCUCGAGGGCACGCCGUUAAAGAGAAUUCACGCAUACUUGUUCAACGACGUCCUGAUGGUCGCGUCAUGGCUGGCGAACGGUGGCAGGCGCGGCCCGCCUAGGUACAAGAUGCAGGCGGUCUAUAAUCUAGAGAGCCUGGCGAUCGUCAACGUGAGGGAUCACGGCACUGUGAAGCUGGCGUUCAAACUGUUGGCGUUCUCCGACACGAGGGUGUUCCAGUGCCCCACGGCGACGAGUAAAAAAGAGUGGCUGGAUAAGUGCGAGCAAGCGAAAAGGGCGAAGCUGGCGGAGGAGAAUUCAGUCGACACGCCGGAUAACGAUAAGCAUCCGAAGGAGGACAAAGCCGUGCCGUCUCGUUCGAUGUCCUUGGAAUCGAAUACAUUAGGGAUGGACGACGACGAUGACUCGGAAUACUACGAGCCGCCGCCGGAGUGGGUGCUGGAAGUGGCCGAGGAUCUGGACUCGUGCAUAGCGCAACGUCACUUCGAGGAGGCUUACGGCUUGCUGGAGAAGGCGAAGGUUUACCUGAAGGACGCCCAAUCGACGCCGCUGCUGACGGACAUCCAGACGAAGGUGAACGAGAGAGGUUGCUCGCUGGUGAACGUGCUGACCAAGGAGCUGGAGUUGAGCGCGGACGCGAAGUCGCUGCAGGGUGGCGGUCUGCGAAGCGCUCGACGCGCGGUCAAGCUUCUGAUACAGCUGAACAGGAGCGCGCAAGCGUGCCACUUGUACCUGCGAUUGUGCAGCGCGGUGCUGAAGGCGCGGCUGAAGAGGAUCAAGCGGGAGGGCACGACCGUGGCUUACGUGAAGCAGCUCAGCGCGAUCGCCUUCAGCAAUAUAGUGGAGAUAGCGAGAGAAUUCCUGAAAACCUUCCCCAAAUCUACAAACUGCACUUCCGGCUUGGUUGUAUGGUGCAGUCAGGAGGUGAAGUAUUUAACGUCGCAUAUAGCUCAGCAGCUGUUUGUGCCGCAGGUCACGCUAAGCACACUGGUAGAAUGCAUUGUCGCCGUUCGAAGUCACUGUGAUCAGUUGACCCAGCUCGGCAUGGACUUUCGUUAUCAGUUAGACGGGCAACUCAGAUCACCGUUAGCCAAAGCUAUCCAGGACGCGGGUGAAAACUGUCUCGACACGGCGAAGCGUUACGUGGCGGAGGACACCUGGCGGCCGACCAAUCUGGAAACUAGUCAGAAUCUCCAGAAGCUGUUGACCGAGCUCGACGACCUCGGUAUCGGCGUGCCGUCGUUCCAAACGAACGACUGUUGGAUACCGUUGACGUACAACACGUUAACCUUCUCCAAGAUCUACGUCAGUCUGUUAGAGGACUGCCUUAGCGUAGCCACACCCGAGCUUAUAUCCACGAUAGACGGCGUGCUUGUGUCCGUGAUGCGAGUCCAAGUACAGCAUCUGAUCGUCUCGCUCACGGAUCCGAAGCUGAAGCAAGAGCGGAAAUUAGUACAAAAUAAUGCAGCCUAUGUUAGAGACGUGAUUAUCGUCCGGGGCCUGGAACUGUACAAAUCCACGACGAACCAGAAGUUCACGAAGCUGCUCGCUCUGAAGGAACAGAUCGUAUUCGAGUCCCCGUCGCCUACGAAGCCGAGACCGGCGCCGAGAACUUCAGUUCCUAAAUACUCCACCACGGAAUAUCUCUAAACUGGAAUGGAGAGACGUUCGAGUCGCUUUUUUGUUAAUUUGUAGACGAAGAUCAAAAAUUAUCGCAGGAACGAAUGCCUAUGCGCGAAUGUUUAUGCGUGCAUACGCGAGAGACGAUGUAUUAUAUUGUACAUAGGAGACCCAUAAUUUCUCUUCGGUAAUAAACACACGUAUCAUAGUGAGACGAUGUAGAAGUGGUUCGUUGCACUUCUAACGCAGGUAGACAUUAAAUCGUAAUGCCAUCGUAGAAACUUGUAGUACCUCGUAGACUACUUAACGGACACGGGAGAUUCGACAAGAAAAGAAAUCAGAUCGCGCGGUUUCCCUAACGGGUGCAAAAUGCAGUAAUUUGUAAUAACGUUGUAACAUAUCUACCAGUAUGUUGAAUUAUUUACAUUUAAUUGGAUAUAUAUGUAUAAUUUAUGUAUGCCUAUGAUUAUUUAUAUAAUAGCACUAUUUUGUACUGUUAUCGCUGCAA